UUGCGACGAGCUUUAAUAUAUUUUUUUAAAGUCUAAAUUCUGGUUCUGUUUUAUUUUGUUCGCUAACACGUUAGGUUUUAUUUAUUUUAUUAAACACAAGAGGCAUGGCAAGCCCUAGAACACGAAGAGUUUUAAAGGAAUUGAAGCCGAAGUACGGCAAUAAGACUUGUUUCGAAUGUGGUGCUCUGAAUCCGCAAUGGGCAUCAGUUACGUACGGAAUAUGGAUUUGUUUAGAAUGUUCUGGAAAACAUCGCGGGCUCGGAGUUCAUUUAAGUUUUGUACGUUCUACUACAAUGGAUAAAUGGAAAGAUAUGGAGCUGGAAAAAAUGAAGGCCGGUGGAAAUGAAAAAGCCAAGGAUUUCUUCAAAUCACAUGAUGAUUAUAACGAUGGUUGGGAUUUACAGCAGAAGUACAACAGCAAAACAGCGGCUUUAUUACGAGAUAGGAUUUCAACAGAAGCUCGAGGUGACUGUUGGGACGAAUCAACAUCAGAAGCGCAGAAAUAUAUCGCGCCGAAACCUGGCGGGGGAGGACUUUCUAUGACACAAAGAUCAACAGCUCAAUCAUCGAUGUCUGGCAAUGCCUCGUCAUCUGAUUUUGAUAAUUUUGAAUCGUGGUUAGACAGCGAUACGUCAGCGCAACUCUCGUAUUCAAGCAACACUAACACAGGCUCAAGAUAUGUAGGAAUAGGAAAUACACCCAUGCCUGAGAAGAGAGAGGACGAUCUCCUAUCUGGUGCUAUGUCUUCGUUAAGUAUGGGAUGGCAAACUGCAGCUAAAUGGACGGCUUCUGCUGCAACGGCUGCUAAAGAGAAUGCUGUAAAGCUUGGAGCACAGGCAUCAGCUGCAGCAUCUGACCUGGGUUCGAAGGUCAAUGAAAAGGUCGUGAAACCGACACAAACUAAAAUGAAAGAAGGCAAAAUGAUGGAUGAUAUAACAUCCAGCAUGAGUUCCUGGGCCAGUAAGAUGAAAAUCUCAUCAUACAGUAAAUCUGGAUUCCAAAAUAUAAGCAGUGCAAUGCAAGGACAGGAGGAUCAGAAAAGUGAAAACGUCGAUACUGAUUUCUGGGAUCAUUUUGGAACUUCAGACGAUUACAAGACCUCUGUGACAUCACAAAGCACAAAAUAUGGCAGCCAAUCAGCUCCUCCGUUAGAAUUCGAUGAACUUACGAACCCUAAGAAACCAGCUGUGAAGAAAAAUGCGGAAACGGAUUGGGACCUGGAGGCGUGGCUCAAUAAUGAUACUUCAACAACCAAUGAUAAAGACUCUAAAACAGAACCGACCAAUGAUGAUGAACUAGAGGCGUGGCUUAAUGAUGAUUCUCAAAAUUCAUCCAAUCAGAAUAGUAGAAAUGAAAAAUCAACCAAUCAGAACGUAGAUAGACAAGAUUCGUGGGGAGGGGGUUGGGACGAUUCUGGCUGGGAUGAUGUAGAAACAGAAAUUGACAGUACAAGUAAAAAAACAUCGAAAGCAGACUAAAAAAUAAGUUGUAAAAAAUGUUAAAUGUAACAUACAUUUUGUGGUAAAUAGUCAACUUUGCAUUUCCAAGACGAUAAAAUGGUUUAAUCAUAUGUCAGUAACUACUUGGGGGUUGGUAACCGAUCAUCUCCUUAUAAGACCAUCUUUUCUAUUUCCCAGUUCAAAUAUCAAAAUAUUCUGAGGGUCUACAUCAGUGGUUCUCAACCUUUUUUCUGUCGUGGCCCAUUUUGUUGCACAAAAAUUCCGUGGCUCAUUAACUUUUCCAUGCCAGGGUGAAAACUAUAAGAAAAACAAAUAAUAUUUCCCGCCAUAUAGACACUGUUGUAACUUUAAUAAUUAGAAUGGAUAUCACCACUCUGCAGCAAUUAACAGCAGCAUCAUUUAUUGCUACUGCAAUCAAAAUUUAGCUAUUAUUACACGAAUGGAACUAAAUUUACCGACAACUCUUGAAUUUUUAUUAGGCUUGUGGCCCUCUUGAAAAUGUUCUUAUGACCCAGCAGUGAGCCAUGGCCGUGACCCAUGGUCUACAUGGAAGGACCACUGAUAGUAAAGUUACGAGCAUUUACAUUGUCUCCUGUAAUCUAUAUUCCCGUACCAAACUUAUACUGAUAGGGCGGACGAGAGUUUGCUAUAAAAUUUUCGCAAUUAACUUUCAUUUUCCAAAGGUGAAUAUUCAUUAAAAUCCUGGCCUCGCCAUCUUAAGCCACAAGACUCGAGCUUAUAAGAAGUACUAAAGGAAGGCUACCAUGAGCAUUUUAUUAACUUUACUCUCCGCUGUCAAUCUAGCUACCUAUCAUAAGGUAGAAGAGUUGCAAGAAACCACUGAGAGGUGCUUUUAAACAUUCCCAUGUUUUUAGUGCAUUGUACAAUACAUAGACAAUUUUAUCUUGUUUUGUUUUAGAUCAAGUUGUGUUUUUAUUUAAUACUAUUAAGUUGUUGUAGAUAUGAGAAUGAAAGCUUGCCAUCGGGAAAAUGAGAAAAAGAUUUAUUUUAGAAUUUUAAACCUCUCUAACUUAUUAUUGUAAUACGUUGUGAUUAUUGCUCCAAAAUUUGAUUAGAAACAGCUUUUUUUUCAUAAUUUAUUUAAAAUAUCAACAUUCGCGCCUUUUGUCCUGAAACUGCCGGCAUACAAAUUAAGUUCGUAUGGGAAGUUUUAAAACUUUUGGCUCGGACUUUCAUGGCAAGUCGUGACGUGACACAGUUUUAAAACGUGAUACUUAAAGAUCGCAGCCUGAGUAUAAAAGUAUUUAAAUUUCGUUAAUUAGUCGAAUUACGCCACCCCAUAACUUCGAUGCAAACUUCAAGCAUUUAUUCUGAGUUUGAAGUCUAAUGGUUCCCGAAUAUGAUUUAGAAGGAAAAUAAUACUAGAGAUUUGAGAGCAUUCACUUUUGAGCCAUAUUUGGUCCCAAUGCUAAAUUCAAGCAUAUUAUUCUGAAUAUAUGAAAUUUAAUGGUUUGUCACAAAUAAAAUAUAAUUCAGAAGUUAUUUGAAAUCCCAAGUUCGACCGAAUUAAAUUUUUGGUCCGAAAUUAUGCUUUGGCGACCGAUUGCGAACUGCUAUAUUAUUAUUUUAUCUAUAUUGUUGUCUUAUGUCUGUAGGUAAUAUUGUGAUGUUUUAUUUAAAUAAUAUAUAUUAUGAAAUGGUG